AUGCGGGCCGCAGAAGAAGGUGGUGGCGGGGAGGAGCGAAACGCACGUGCGGAGGAAAAUAAUUUGGAGUUAGAAAUUCUGAAGCUGCGUGGACGAUGGGAACUCGCUUCUGUUCUCAAUUUUUUAGAUGUGUUUGGUCCAAUACUUGGUAAAGACUUGAAGUUGUCAGCUGAAGAAAUAGAGAUCGGGCUUAUUAAGCCUGAUGCUUCACUUGCUAGGCUUCAUAUUCAGCUUUUGAAGGGAACACCACCUGUGAGUAAAAUAUUGGAUGGUUCUGAUAAAUGGGUGACUGCACUCUGUAAGAAACUGUCCAUGUGGUGGCCAUGGGUUGCUGAGGGGAAGAUUCCACUUAUCCCAUCUAAAGGAGAGGAGAUAUCCAAGUACAAGGAGCUUGAUCCAUCUGAUCGUUUACUAUUGCUAAAAGCACUUUGUGAAGUUCGAGCUGAUCAACAUGAUGCAGUGUCAUACAUCAAUGAUGCUUUAAAAGAAGGUUUUCAAAUUUCAUAUUUUCGCAAAGAUGCCAUAGGAAGAGAUGAAACUGGCACAUCUUAUUGGUAUGACGCAAAUGGGAAGGGUCAUAGUCACAGAUUGUACAGGGAAAUUAUCACAUCAGACUCAAAUACAAAAGAUAAGGUGGAAGGAUGUAUGUCACUCCCUGCUAUCAAAUUUCAAUGGGAAACACUUGCUUCCAGUCUUGAAGAAUUUUCAGAAGUAGCUGAAAAAUUCUCAUUCAGCAAGUCAGCUGCCGAAGUUGCUGUUAGCACGAAUCUUCAAAGUGAUGCUAUUCCUGCUCUUGAAAAGAUUCAAAAGAGGAAAGAUAGAGCAAUAAAGCAAAAGCAAAGGCAGCACAUGCUCUUAAAAGAUUUUCAAAAUCCUUAUUGUUCUGGAAAUACACGCUCUUGUCGCACUCGAAGGCCUAUUAGUUAUACAUUUGAGGCUUACGAUCGAACAAUGAAGGAGGCAAUACAGUUAACAAAUAAAAGGAAAAAGUCUCUGGUUGCUGAUCAAGGUAAAACCAAAGGAUCAGAAGAUAAAUCCAACAUAAAGGAUAUUUCAAUAGACAGUGAUUCUGAAGGGGGUGUGCUCUCGAUUUUAGACGAUAGUGACGACACUGGUCACGAGAUUGAGAAUCAAAGUAGUAGCGAGGAGGAAAAUGAUGAUGAUAUCGAGAGUGAGUCGGGCAAUUCGGAAGCACAUUCAAGUCCUGUAGUUUCUUAUCCUAAGGGUGUUCGUUGCAGCAAGCGGUUAGCUGGAGUGGCUAGCCACACUAUUUUAGAAAGCAGAGGCUUAGCUACAAAGCAAAGAUUGAGACAAAGACCUACUCGCAAUUUUGCCGUAGAAUCUAUCAUUAUAUCGGAUUCCGAUGACGAAGCACAUGAAGGGAAGACAUAA